AUGGCGGCGGAUUACUGGGCUUCGACCCAACAUGCAUCGUGGCUAUUCGAUCGGGAAGAGCUGGCUGAUGCCAGAAAGGCCCUUGGGGACGCAGAGCGACCGUUCAUUCAGCAGUACCCGCUGCCCGACCAGCGGCAUUUUAACAUCUUCGUGAAUCUACCAACCGGUCGCCACGGCUCAGGUUUACGUGAAGCGGUUUUAUACCAAGGUCGAAAUCCGCCGGACGAAUCCAUAUCUGCUGCUUACGACGGCAUUUUACCUCGCGUACGAAACGACCUUGGCCUGGUCGGUCAUCAACGACCACUAUCUAACGGAUCUUCCACUCCUGCAUGCUCCGCACGUCAUCGCAGUGAUGGCGGUUUUCAUUGCAGUGGUCUUCAAGCCAAACCAACACCCAGUUACGGUUCCUUCAGGAGGAUCUUCGGUAACCGGGGCCCUGAGAGACGGCAGUUCAAACAUCCUUUCGGCCCUGAGCGAGACCAAGACCGGUGUUGGGAUGCCGGCACGGGUCCAGAGGAUUGUGGACUGGCUAGCCAACAGCGAAGUGGAUAUCGAGGCAGUUAUUGA